AGGCAUAUACCAAAACAUAGCAAAGAAACUCAAAAGAAAAAAAAUCAAACAAGUAGUGAAGAGAAUCAUUAUACCAAUCAUAUCAUAUAUAUAUAUAUUCACAGCAAAGAAAAGAGUGAAAAAAAUGUCGUUCAUGGAGAUUGAAGAAGUGAGCAACUGUGAAGCACUGCCUUUGCUCUCUCUAAACCAUGUCUCGAUUCUAUGCAGAUCGGUUUGGGCCUCAGUUCGUUUCUAUGAAGAAGUUUUGGGCUUUGUUCUCAUCAAACGUCCCUCUUCUUUCAAAUUCAAUGGAGCUUGGCUGUACAACUAUGGGAUUGGGAUACACUUGCUUGAGAAUCCAUCAAUAAUGGAUGAAUAUGAUACCAUUAAUGAGUUAAGACCAAUCAACCCUAAGGAUAACCAUAUCUCCUUCCAAUGUACUGAUGUUGGGCUAGUGAAGAGGAGACUACAAGAAAUGGGGAUGAGGUAUGUGACAGCAGUGGUUGAAGAUGAUGGUGCCAAGGUUGACCAAGUAUUCUUUCAUGACCCAGAUGGGUACAUGGUUGAGCUUUGCAACUGUGAGAACAUUCCCAUUAUUCCACUGGCUUCUUGUCCAGUUUUCAAGCCCACAUCCACUACAACUUUCAAAAAGCCCGGCCCAAUAACUGGCCCAAUCACUGGCCCAAUGGCCAAGUGUGGCUUCAUGGAGAAUGUCAUGAUGGAGAGCCUCAGCAUGGACAUGUUGAACUUCUCUUUUUAAGUUUAUAUAUAUAUAUAUAUGAGAUCCUUAAAGAGUAAAGAGAGAAAGAGAGUGAAAGCUCACUUUUAAGUUAAGUUGGCCUCUUUGCUUAAGGAUUCAAAUCAAAAAGAGAAAAGGAAAAAAGAAAAAGAAAAAGACAAAAAUAUCUCUUUUUUUUUUUUUUAUCUUUUCAAAUCCAUUAUAGGGGAUUUCUUUAUUGUGGUUUGGUAUUUUGGUUUGGUCUCAUGAGACUUUGUAUUUGUUUUGGGGUGCCUGUAAUAAGUGUGGUGAUUUAAUGUGUGAUAUUGGUUUGUACUUAUGUGAUAUAUACAAUAUUUGAGACAUUUGUA